GUCACUUACAAAUAAUUAAUUAUUCAAUACAAACAUGUAUUCUAAGAUAGCUAGAUACAAGUUAUUAGUAUAAAUGGCAAUUUAAAAUUAGAAUGUAGAAUGAAACUUUACAGUUGACAGGCAGUACAUUUAGUUUGUUCUUGUUGUGAUAGGCCUGGUUUUGGAAGGAUAGACCUAGGGUUUAUUAUUUGUAACAUUCAACAUUAGCUUAAUAUAUUCUUUGAACAUGUCAUAUAGGCUAAGUUAUUGUUAAAAAAAUAGCCUUCUUUAAUGUGAAUUUUACCCAAGAAUCUUGUGACACACUCACACACUAAGAUACACUAAACCUUUAAUAGCCCUUCAUUGUUAGUUGUUGUUGUUACUGGUGAUUAUUACUCCUAGGCCGACAAGUUACUCCAAAGGCUGAAGAAUGAACAGCAUCGAAGAAGAUGAGGAGAGAACGCCAACUGCAUCCUCUUGGCUGCUACCUGUCGAACCAGAGGUAGAAAUUGAGGAACUUGACAAAUCUUGGGAGAUUUGUGAGGAGGAGAUGAUGGAGGGCUCAAGCGAACCUGAAGAAAAAAGUGGUUUUCAAGCAGUUCGGGAAUUAGAAUCUGAAUUAAUAGACAAAAUGUGUGAAAUUUGCGGAAAUUUUUUCAAAACUUUUGAGUUAGUCAAUCCCGAGGCAAGAAAACCUCUUCUGUCUACUUGUGAGACAUGUUCAUAUUACAUUACUCCUCCAGUCACCUGUAUAUACAGCAAGAACAUUUUGAACGAUUAUUCUUGCGACAAGUGUUCUCAAGUAUUUGAAUUUAAAAAUGACUGGUUAAGGCACAAAGCCACACAUAACAAUUCAAAACAGUUUUCCUGUGAUAUGUGUGACGACUCCUUUAAGAAACGAUACGAAUUGACUGAACACAUAAAACUUGCCCACUUAAAAGAAGACAAGUGUGUAAAAGAUAGGUGUAUUGCUUGUGGAACAUUUGAAAACAUCAUACAGCUAAAUGUCGGAGAAAAUGAAGCGGAGUUUAUAAAACUUUGUGAAGUUUGCAAUAUUUCCAGGCAAGAAAAACUAGCAAACAUAAGUCGAAAUGGAUCUAAUGGUUUUUCAUGUGAUUUGUGUUUUAAACAAUUUUCUCGAAGGGAUCAUGCAUUGCGUCAUCGACUUUCGCAUCUAAAUGUGAAACCAUUUAAAUGUUCUAUUUGUCAAAAAUCGUUCAGCCGAAAUGAUCGGCUGCAGCGUCACAGGAGGACUCAUCCCGGUGCCAAGCCUUACCCGUGUAGAUUUUGCUCAGAGGCGUUUAUUAAUUGUGAUGAAUUAAAAGGUCACGUCAUGCUGAAACAUGAAACACUAAAUGCAAAGGUAGUUAGUGUGCAAAAACUAAAUGCAAAGGUGGUUGAUGGUAUGCAAAAACAGCAAACGCCACUCAAGGACAGAACAUCACGACUCUGUGUUUGUUUGUGUGGGAAAAAAUUCAAACAAAAUAAAGCAUUGCUUGUUCACCAGAAAAAAUGCUGUGAUCUAAACUACAUUAAGUGUAAGACAUGUGGGAAAAAGUUUAAAAACAAGGAAAUCCUCAAUCGCCAUGCUCUAAUUCAUACCAGCGCUAAAGCGUACAGUUGUACCAUAUGUAGCAAGGUAUUUUUGCGAAAAGAUAAAUUGAAAACUCACCAUUUGAUCCAUAUUGACAUAAAACCUUACUCGUGUCAUAUUUGUAACAGCUCGUUUAAACGUAAAGACAAACUAAGUCGUCACCUAAGAGAAGUGCAUUUUAAGAUGAAAGAGUGAAAUGAGGUCUAAAUUGUCUGUUCACUAUUAUUUAAAAAAUGUAGUGCUAACUUUGACAAGGUAAAUUUAUUAAGAGUAUUAGCUAUUAGGUGCUCAUUACCAAAUCCUUUUCUUACUUAAAGA